UGUGUACGAGAGAGUUCGUCGAGCUCGUAAAUUAACAAGUCCAGUUCUUAUUUAAUACGAAAUAGUUAAAAGGAAUCAAUGAACAAUCGAGUUGAACGUUCUUUUUUGCGGUUUCCGUUCCUGUUAUUAUUAUAUUCUUUCUUAAUUUCAAGUUUGUGUCCGUUUCCUUUCACUUUUUUUUUUCUUUUUCGGUUUGAAGGCAGGUGCCAACGAAACGGUGGCCCCCGUGUCGAACAUUAUUGGGAAACAAAGUGGCCAACAUUUCGUUCCCUCCAUUUCACUUUGUCCAAUUUUUAUAGACAGUACUACACCUAGUAUUCUAUAGAAGCGAUGGUUAUCUUAGGUGUACGUUCACGCUCCGAUGGGCUUUCACUAUUUCUCUCUCGGUGGUCGCGGCCAUUGGCGAAAUGAAGAAGAAGAAACAGGUUUUCUCGUCUGAAAAAAUACUGGGCGGUGAAAUCGACUCGUGACAACCGAAAAUGGUCUAUCAAAGGAUUGGCAAAGUAGAAAAUCACUUCACCAGCAGCAGCAAAUGGCGACCAGCGGGGGGCUCAAUAUUAUUUCUAGACACACCUUUCUCUCAAGUUUUCAUCAUUUUUGAUUUGAUUUUUCGAUGGGGAAAAAUUUCUAGAGAAAGAAGGUGAAAGGAAAAACAGAAGGGAUGGUCACACACACACACACCAGGCAGCACGUCUGCUCUUUCACAUGUUAGCCGGCCAGCAGCUGCGCUUAUUUUUCCUUGUAGCAUUUGAGCAUCGGACGAGCGGGGUCCCCGUCCGAGGGAGGUCAGUAGGUCAACACGGCAGCCCCAACUCGCCGUAAGGAGCUAAUGCUGAGGAGAAAGGCUUCGGACAAAAAAUCCUAAUAACUCUCCUCUCGUCAAUUUCUUUUUUUCGUUGUUCUCUCUAGAGCCAUCAAAUAAGUAUGACAUAAAAGAUGAUUACAACUAGUAUAUAGGGAAUUCUUUUUUGAAAAGUUGCUAAUGGGAAAUACCCCGGGGAAUGAUUCACCCUGAGAUUAUGAUAUAUCCUUGGACAAUCGAAAAGGGAAAAGUCAAUUGAAAUGCGACGUCGUGUAUCGUUUGAUUACAAGCAAGGCCAUUAGUCAUCUAUACUUGACUUAAUGAAAACCUUGCUUAUGGUUUUAUAUAUAUUUCUAGCCGAAUUGUUUGGGGAAAAGUUGUUUGGUCACCUUUCCCUUCGUUCAAUUCGGUAAUGCAUCUAACUGGAACGCAGCAUUUCCGCUCGCUUCUCAUCGGAACCAAUUAUUUAUUCAUUUUGAUUCCAGGGAAUUUCGUGCUCAACAAAGUGAUAGGAGGAAGAAGAAAAAGAUUUUUCGUGUAAAAAUCCAUGGCCACCAAUCGUUGUAAUCUUCUCGACAUUGAUGAACCAAAAAAAAAACAAGUUGAACAGUUUGAUUUCCUACGUGCGAAGGAAGAUGGUGGGGCCUUGAAGGUGGUUACCUCCCACCACCGUAUUUCUGUGUGUGUUUCCUAUACACCCUUGGCUUGGUUUUCCAGCAGCACACGCAGUCCCACCCACUUUGUUCUUUCCAGCUCUCUCUCCCCUAUAUAAAAGACGUCCGUCUUCUCCCCAUUUCCAAACGACACUUUACCAGUUUCGUGUCAAGACCUGCUCCAACGCUCCUACUCUCCUCCUCUUGUCUGAUUUCGACGCCGUCGCCGACGCCCCGACACACAUUUUUUAUCCUUCAAUCAUUUGGGUGGACUUGUCCGUCUUUUAAGUUUCAAAAAUUCGUCUCGAUCCGACUCAAAAGUUGUCCACGAUGGCUCGCGCCCUCAUCGUCGUAGCCAUCAUCAUCGCAGCCGCUUCGGCUCAAAACAUUCGGAGCGACACGUUCGUUUGCCCCAAGGAAAACGGAUUCUUCGCUCACGACAUUUCGUGCGACAAGUACUGGAAGUGCGUGGAGGGCGUGGCGACGCUCGAACUCUGCGGCAACGGCUUGGCUUUCGACGACACCGACCUCAAGAACCAGCGUGAAAACUGCGACUACAUCUACAACGUCGAGUGCGGAGAUCGUCUAGAAGUUGAGGCCCCAAUCAGCACCCGGAAUUGCCCGAGCUUGCACGGAGUCUUCCCCGAUGAGACCAAGUGUGACGUCUUCUGGAGCUGCUGGAACGGCGAGGCCAGCCGCUACCAGUGCGCCCCUGGCUUGGCUUACAGCCGGGAAAGCCGCGUGUGCACCUGGGCCGAUCAGGUCCCCACCUGCAGACAAGAGGAAGUUGGAAGUGGAUUCGUUUGCCCGGCCACUGGUGACGUCGCCACCGGAGCCUUCAGUCGCCACGCCCAUCCCGACGACUGCCGCCAGUAUUACGUUUGCAUGAACGGUAAUGCCCGCGAGUACGGAUGCCCGCUCGGCACCGUCUUCAAGAUCGGACUCGACGACCAGUCCGGUUUCUGCGCUGACCCCGAAGAAGUCGAUGGAUGUGCCGACUACUACGGAACUCUCGACCUGGACGGUCUGCGCAACACGGAAGUCCAGGCCGGUUUGGCACCUGAGGCCGCACCUGUCAAAGUGGCCCCCAAGAAGCCCGUCACCAGUCGCCCAGCUUUCCGCCCUCGUCCCGUCACCGAAGUUCUCGUGGUUGAGGAAGAGUCCCUCACUGCUGUUUAAAACAAAACAAGCAGAACCCAAAAAUCCCAGAACUUUUUUAUUUUCCUUUCUACUUUUUUUCGAUGCACUUCUAUAAUCUCGUGCCAAUCUUCUCUCUCUCUCACUCCCGACAACUGCAACCAAAUCAACACUAAUGACGCAUGCGUCAAUCCAAAAACAGAAAAGAAAAAGAGAAAACGAGACGAAAAGCCAAAAUAUUAUUUCACACUUUUGCACCCCAUAUAUGCAAAUGAUUAUUUUUUUAUUGGGGUGGGAAAAAGAAGGAAAAGUAACAAAACGUGUUGAUUGAUUUUCUCUUUUUUAUUUUUUUUUUCUCUCUCCAUCUUUUUUUUUCUUUUUUACGUUUUUCCUCUUUUAUAGCCAAGACUACUAUGCGGAUAGCGGCUUAGACAUCAAGCAGCUCAGCAAAUUGGGUUUUUAAAAAGAGAAAUCACGUUUAUAAACACAUCGAGCAGCAGUUUCUCCAAUCAUGUUUUGUGUGUCUCCUCCGCUCAAAAAAAGAAAAAAUCCUUUUUCCAACAUUUCCCUUCCAAAAAGAAAAGAUGAAGAACGGGCUUCUCACCAACAAUCCUUCCAUGAAAAAUCCUUUUCACUCUUUUAAUCACCACUCAACUGAUGAUGGAAACGUUUUACCCGUCGUCAGCCUUUGAUCCUUAAUCCCAAUUUUUGAAUUCCCCUAAAACCCAAAAAACUGUACUACUCUUGUAUACAGCCGCGUGUAAAUACAAAAGACUGCCGUAUACAAACA